UUGUGCAAAACUACCUCUUAUACUUCAUAGGUCACCCAUAUUAUGUUUCAACUCCGGAGUCUGUUUCAGCAGCAUAGGGAUGUCUCUUUGAAGCUUGCAAGGCAUGUAUUCUUCAGCGAUUUUGAAGGCCAUCAGUCCCUAGCAAAAGGAUCGACCAGGAAACAAACAGAUGCAUUCUUAACCUUAGCCAAUCCUGUUCUCCCAACGGCGGUUCACAAAGGGGAAAGUAACAUGGUCUUCUCUCCGUUGUUGAUGCAAGUAGUGUUGGGUCUCAUGACGGCGGGUUCAGCUGGUCCAAGCCGCGACGAGCUUCUCUCUUUCCUCAAAUCCAAUUCUACUGAUGAAAUCAACUAUCUCUCUUCUCAGCUCGUCGACUGUGUCCUUCUUGAUGCUAGCCCCAAUGGUGGCCUUCGUUUGUCUGCCGCUAACAGCGUCUGGGUCGAUCAGUCUGCGAGGUUGAAGCCUUCUUUCACACAGAUUGUGGACAAUGUUUACAAGGCUACUUCUCUUUCUGUUGAUUUUGCGUCCAAGCCUCUUGAGGUGGUCAAUCAAGUGAAUCAAUGGGCUGAAAAGGAGACAGCCGGUCUCAUCAAUGAAAUUCUACCUGUUGACGCAGUUGACCAUUUAACCAGACUUGUCUUUGCAAACUCACUUUACUUCAAAGGUGUCUGGAGUGAGAAGUUCAAUGCAUCAAUGACAAAGAACAGUGAAUUCCACCUUCUCAAUGGGACCUCCGUUCAAGUGCCCUUCAUGACUUGCCAGAGCAAGCGAUAUGUAAAAGCUUAUGAAGGCUUCAAGAUGUUGAGGCUUCCUUAUAAACGUGGCUUGGAUAGGCGUCAUUUCUCCAUGUAUUUCUUUCUGCCUGAUGCGAAUGAUGGACUGCCAGGCCUGGUGGAAAAAGUCACUUCAGACUCCGAAUUCUUGGAGCGUCACCUUCCAUAUGCGAAGGUUGGAGUUCCUGAAUUUCGUAUCCCCAAAUUUAAAAUAUCUUUUGGAUUUGAAGCUUCUGAAAUUCUGAAAGGGCUAGGCGUGGUAUCGCCUUUCUCUGGCCAUGCCCUCACCGAGAUGGUGGAGACCAUUUGUAACAAGGGCCUGUUUGUUGAUAGCAUCUUUCAUAAGUCCGUUAUUGAGAUAGAUGAAGAGGGCACAAAAGGUGCUGCUGCAAUCACUGAUGAGAUUGGCCUAAGGUCUCAUUCAGGAGAGAAAGUAGAUUUCAUUGCUGAUCAUCCGUUUCUCUUUCUGAUUAGAGAAGAUGGAACAGGCGUGGUAUUGUUUGCAGGUAGCAUCCUUAAUCCUCUCCUUGAGUAAGUUGUACCCCUACAUGUAGGUCGGUACCACUACUUGGAGAUUGACGUUGGUCCUCAAUUGAUGGCUGAAUUCCGUGUUAUUCUUUUCAGCUGUUGCAAAAGGAGGUUGGUGCAUAGGUAUGAACUCUUAGUAUAAUCAGCCUUUUGCCAUUUGUUUGGUGCAGGGCUUUGUUCCAUAGUGCUGUUUAUCUAAUUCCCAGCAGCCCCAUUUUUCUCCUCUAGAUUCAUCACCCUACAAAGUGCUCAAUAAGGUGGGCUAUUUGUGAGCCAAAAACAGUGACAUCAGGAAUUUAGUCAAAACUUCAUGAACUGGGACAAAUCAUGGUUUGGCUUCCCAUUUUAUUCUAAGAACUCUCCUUUUGCCUUCUUUAAGUUGAAAAUCUUGGAGUCUGCUUGUCUAGUUUGAAUCGGGGCAGGUGCACAGAUAGUCAUUCCCAUGGAUGCUAUUUAGAAAUUAGCCAGUAGCUCAUUUCUUAUUUUGUCCUUAAACAACUUCGGGACAAUUCAGGACAUUUUUGUCCCGAAAAGUUGAACUGAAAAGCUGAAAUUCUGGACGCACCGGAAAAGCUGAAAUUUUGGAUGCAUGGAAAAGCGGAAAUUCUGGAUGCACUGG